AUGGAUCAAUUCGAGGCCCCAAGGCCUGUCUUUCACAACUACCUGCGCGCCUUCUAUCCUUUUCACCCGGCCGGCAAUGUCUCUCCAUCGACCGUCACACUCCCUCUGGACCAGGGAGACAUCAUUUUGGUACACUCCGUUCAUACCAAUGGCUGGGCCGAUGGUACACUAUUAGAUUCUGGGAAUCGAGGCUGGUUGCCCACCAAUUACUGUGAAGCAUACGACCAAUUGCCUAUGCGUCCUUUGUUGAAGGCCUUGACUGAUUUCUGGGAUAUCAUUCGGGGAGGAUGCGGGUCAUCACUAAAGGAUUUUGGAAACCAAGACUUGAUGAGAGGCCCUAUCGCUGGCGUGAGGUUUCUACUGGAAAAAUCAGAAUGUCUUACUCGAGAAUCCCCCCUGAUAAGGAGGUUCGAUGGGCUACGCAGAAUUCGGAAGGCUUUACUAUCUGACCUUUCUUCACUGGUGAAAACCGCGAAGAAGUUCCAGGAAGUUGCCAACGGGGUCCCGUCGGAAGAUGAGGUUGAAACUAUUUUGGAUGAGAUGCUGCUCAAGGCUUUCAAAAUUGUUACCAGAGGAGUUCGAUUCCUCGACGUGUGGAAUGAGGAGGUAGGCCUGAGCAGAACAAUCGCCGAGUUGGAUGGGCCCGGCGAGAGCCUAUCCCAGUACAACAUGCCAUUGACUCCCGCCUCCGAGAGUUUCAGCCUGGGCGAUAAUGAUGUGCCUGAUCGAUCUGAGUCACGAAUGCUGGAAUCACGACUGGAGUCACGGCAGAUGAGCCAUAGCCGUAUGGAUAUGAGUCGGUCAUCGAUGCGCACGGAGAUAGUUGAUCACAGACCCGCAUCCGUCGCCACGAAACGGGUUUCUGUGUCGCAUCGCAUGUCAGUCUCUGGUCCUUCUACGACCCUUGGGGCCCAGAAUCUGGCAUCCGAACGCCUUGGAACGACAUAUGAUGCGUUCCUCGGUGUGCUUGGGUCAUUUAUCGGGCUUCACAUGCAGUCUCGCUCCUCGACGGAGCUGGUUGUUACCACCCAGCAGGCCGUCCAGUCGUGCAGACAACUGUUAAAUGUCGUCGAGGUAGUGUGCGAGCAUGACACACACCGCAGCGUGUUUCUCGAACAGGCACGAGAGACUAUGUGUGAGAAGCUAUCUGAGCUUGUUCAUGCUGCGCGCGACGUGUUCCGCCCCGCACAACUACCAGACGAUGAUCUUGUGUUUAUGCCAGACGAAGGGAAACGUCUUGUGGAUGCUGCGACUGACUGCGUACGAGCAGCUGGAAACUGUUUGGCGAAGGCUCGCCUAGUGCUUGAGCAAAUUGGUGAUCUGGAGCUUGACCCUGAACAUUAUGAAGAGAGGGGACAGGACUUGUCAGGCAUUGACUCCCCACAAGAACAGCCUGAGACUCCCGUAGAACAAGAACGCCAGGAACUGUCACUUCGCCUUCCCCCACCUCCUCUUCAAAUUCCUAGUACCACAUACUCUCCUCCCACACCUGCCCUUACCGACGCUACAACACCUUCAUCCUUCCAGUCUCAUAUCACAAAUUCCCCCGCCAAUAUUACCGCCCUUUCCUCUCUACACAGUUCUGCCAUCCUCCCCACCCACAUGGAGAACAACUCUUCUUUCGAGUCUGUCAACAGCAGCUACCGUGAAAGUCAUCCCAAGUCUGAUGUGAGCGAAUCAUUUGGCCGUGGAGUCACAAGCAACGGUAGCAGCUUCACAUAUAACAGCUACGCACGUGACUCUGAGAUGAGUGGUCUUUCGCAAACCUCAACUCGGGCUACCUCACCUGAUAUUGGGGGUAGCUUCCAGGGUAGCUUCACAGUUCACUCGCUGAAGGAAAGUUUAAGCUACUCCACCCUCGCAGAGGAGAACGAGGAGACAGAGGCCAACAUACUUGAAAAGACUUUUGCGCAUGAACUUAUUUACAAGGAAGGUUCGGUGAUGGGCGGUAGUCUCCGUGCUCUUAUUGAGAAGCUGACUGCUCAUCAAUCCACCCCUGACGCGAUGUUCGUCUCAACCUUUUAUCUCACCUUCCGUCUCUUUGCGACCCCUCUUGAGUUUGCCGGGGCUCUCGCCGAACGCUUUGAGUACAUUGGUGACACACCCCACGCUUCUGGACCAGUCCGUCUCCGUGUGUACAACAUUUUCAAAGGCUGGCUCGAGUCCCACUGGCGCCACGAUCGUGACAACACAGCUCUUGAUUUCAUCGUCAACUUCGCAAACACGCGACUCGUGGUCGAUCUCCCCACUGCUGGCAAGCGGUUGCUUGAUUUGGCCAGCAAGGUGUCGGCAGUUGGUGGCCCUCUUGUGCCUCGCUUAGUUUCUUCCAUGGGCAAGACUAACACCUCCAUUGCUCAAUACAUUCACCCUGAUACCCCCUUACCUCCUCCCAUCCUUGGGAAAAAAGAGCACAACUUGCUCAAACAAUGGAAGAAUGGCGAAGCCUCCAUAACCAUCCUUGAUUUUGACCCACUUGAGCUCGCCCGUCAGCUCACCAUCAAGGAGUCGCGCAUUUUCUGCUCGAUCCUCCCCGAGGAGCUCUUGGACACGGAAUGGACUAGAAAGUCUGGCUCGUUGGCUGUAAAUGUCCGUGCCAUGUCAACUCUGUCGACUGAUCUCGCCCAUCUCGUUGCGGAUUCGAUUCUGUACCUCGAGGAGCCCAAAAAGCGUGCCGCCACCAUCAAGCACUGGGUCAAGAUUGCAAACAAAUGUCUCGAGUUGAACAACUACGAUUCGCUUAUGGCCAUCAUCUGCUCAUUGAACUUAUCGAUGAUCUCUCGACUAAAAAAGACUUGGGACAUUGUAUCGCAGAAGACCAAGACUGCCCUCGAGCAGCUCCGCAGCAUCGUCGAUGUGUCUCGUAACUAUGCAGUUCUCCGUCAGCGCCUUCAGAACCAUGUGCCUCCUUGUCUCCCAUUUGUCGGUACCUACCUGACGGACCUCACAUUUGUCGAUCACGGCAACCAAUCUCUCCGUACUCUCUCCACCGAUGACAGUGAAAUGGCCGUCAUCAAUUUCGAUAAGCAUAUGAAGACAGCUCGCAUCAUCAGUGAACUCCAACGGUUCCAGAUCCCCUACCGUCUGACCGAAGUCCCGGAGCUACAGGCCUGGAUGCAGAAUGAGCUCGUGCGCGUGCGUUCAAAUGGCGAAACGACCGCACAAACCUUCUACCGCCGCUCUCUGGUCCUUGAGCCCAGAGAAACCUCUCGCAGUGCUACCACUCUUCAAUCCCAGCCCGAAACCAAUCCUUCCAUGCUCGACAAUGCCAAGGACAAGUUCGACUUCCUCUCAUGGACCAACCAGUCCAAGGUGAAGCCCGUCACGACACAUGGAUAA